AUGUCGCUUUCUACAGCGGUAAAGGAAGGCGAUCUUGUAAAGACAAGGUCUAUUCUAGAAAAUGAGACAGGUGAUGCCAAGCUGGUCAUGCUACGCAGUGUGGAUCCUGAUGGAAAGACACCUCUCCAUAUCGCUUCAGAAGAAGGGCAUGUCGACCUAGUAAAAUAUAUGACUGAUUUGGGGGCGGAUCAAGGAAAACGAAGUAGAAGCGGCGACACCCCUCUUCACUAUGCGUCUCGGAGUGGUCGCCAGAAUAUUGCUCAAUAUCUAAUUGGUGAAGGAGCAGAUACCAAUAUUGGUGAUAGCAAUGGCUAUACCGCUCUCUAUCUUGCUUCAGAGGAGGGUCAUCUUGGUGUUGUUGAAUGUUUAGUGAAUUCUGGCGCAGAUGUAAACAAAGGUUCAUAUGAUGGUUCUACACCACUACGCAUUGCCUCACAUGAGGGUGAUCUCGAUGUUGUUGAAUGUCUAGUGAAUGCAGGAGCUGAUGUGAAGAAAGCAGCAAAGAAUGGCCUAACACCUCUUCAUGCGGCGUCAGAGAAAGGUGCUGGUGUGAGGAAAGCAGCAAAGAAUGGCCUGACACCUCUUCAUGUGGCAUCAGAGAAAGGUCAUGUAGCAAACGUGAAAUAUCUAAUUUACCAAGGAGCUAAAACUCAUACGGUUGAUCACGAUGGUUAUACACCCCUGUACAACGCCUCACAAGAGGGUCAACUUGAUGUUGUUGAAUGUCUAGUGAAUGCAGGUGCUGAUGUGAGGAAAGCAGCAAAGAAUGGCCUGACACCUCUUCAUGCGGCAUCAGAGAAAGGUCAUGUAGAAAUCGUGAAAUAUCUAAUUUCUCAAGGAGCUAACCCUAAUACGUUUGAUCACGAUGGUUAUACAUUCCUGUACAACGCCUCACAAGAGGGUCAACUUGAUGUUGUUGAAUGUCUAGUGAAUGCAGGUGCUGAUGUGAGGAAAGCAGCAAAGAAUGGCCUGACACCUCUUCAUGCGGCAUCAGAGAAAGGUCAUGUAGCAAUCGUGAAAUAUCUAAUUUCUCAAGGAGCUAACCCUAAUACGUUUGAUCACGAUGGUUAUACACCCCUGUACAGUGCCUCACAAGAGGGUCAACUUGAUGUUGUUGAAUGUCUAGUGAAUGCAGGAGCUGAUUUGGAGAAAGCCAUGGAGAAAGGAUGGACAUCUCUUUAUACGGCGUCACGUGAUGGUCAUGUAGACAUUCUAGAAUAUCUCAUUUCUCAAGGCGCGAACCCGAAUUCGGUUGAUAACGAUGGUUAUACACCCCUGUACAGUGCCUCACAAGAGGGUCAUCUUGAUGUUGUUGAAUGUCUAGUGAAUGCAGGAGCAGAUGUGAAGAAGGCAGCAAACAAUGGCCUCACACCUCUUCAUGCGGCGUCAGAGAGAGGUCAUGUAGCAAUUGUGGAAUAUCUAAUUUCUCAAGGAGCGAACCUGAAUUCGGUUGAUAACGAUGGUUAUACAUCCCUAUACAGUGCCUCACAAGAGGGUUAUCUUGAUGUUGUUAAAUAUCUAGUCAAUGAAGGAACGGAUUUGAAUAAAGCAGCAAAUAAUGGCGUGACAUCUCUCGACACGGCGUCACGUGAUGGUCAUGUAGACAUUGUAAAAUAUCUCAUUUCUCAAGGCGCGAACCCGAAUUCGGUUGAUAACGAUGGUUUUACACCACUGUACAGUGCCUCACAAGAGGGUCAUCUUGAUGUUGUUGAAUGUCUACUGAAUGCAGGUGCUGGUGUGAGGAAAGCAGCAAAGAAUGGCCUCACACCUCUUCAUGCGGCGUCAGAGAGAGGUCAUGUAGCAAUUGUGAAAUAUCUUAUUUCUCAAGGAGCGAACCUGAAUUCGGUUGAUAACGAUGGUUAUACAUCCCUAUACAGUGCCUCACAAAAGGGUUAUCUUGAUGUUGUUAAAUAUCUAGUCAAUGAAGGAACGGAUUUGAAUAAAGCAGCAAAUAAUGGCGUGACAUCUCUCGACACGGCGUCACGUAAUGGUCAUGUAGACAUUGUAGAAUAUCUCAUUUACCAAGGAGCUAAAACUCAUACGGUUGAUCACGAUGGUUAUACACCCCUGUACAACGCCUCACAAGAGGGUCAACUUGAUGUUGUUGAAUGUCUAGUGAAUGCAGGUGCUGAUAUGAGGAAAGCAGCAAAGAAUGGCCUGACACCUCUUCAUGCGGCAUCAGAGAAAGGUCAUGUAGAAAUCGUGAAAUAUCUAAUUUCUCAAGGAGCUAACCCUAAUACGUUUGAUCACGAUGGUUAUACAUUCCUGUACAACGCCUCACAAGAGGGUCAACUUGAUGUUGUUGAAUGUCUAGUGAAUGCAGGUGCUGAUGUGAGGAAAGCAGCAAAGAAUGGCCUGACACCUCUUCAUGCGGCAUCAGAGAAAGGUCAUGUAGCAAUCGUGAAAUAUCUAAUUUCUCAAGGAGCUAACCCUAAUACGUUUGAUCACGAUGGUUAUACACCCCUGUACAGUGCCUCACAAGAGGGUCAACUUGAUGUUGUUGAAUGUCUAGUCAAUGCAGGAGCUGAUUUGGAGAAAGCCAUGGAGAAAGGAUGGACAUCUCUUUAUACGGCGUCACGUGAUGGUCAUGUAGACAUUCUAGAAUAUCUCAUUUCUCAAGGCGCGAACCCGAAUUCGGUUGAUAACGAUGGUUAUACACCCCUGUACAGUGCCUCACAAGAGGGUCAUCUUGAUGUUGUUGAAUGUCUAGUGAAUGCAGGAGCAGAUGUGAAGAAGGCAGCAAACAAUGGCCUCACACCUCUUCAUGCGGCGUCAGAGAGAGGUCAUGUAGCAAUUGUGAAAUAUCUUAUUUCUCAAGGAGCGAACCUGAAUUCGGUUGAUAACGAUGGUUAUACAUCCCUAUACAGUGCCUCACAAAAGGGUUAUCUUGAUGUUGUUAAUUAUCUAGUCAAUGAAGGAACGGAUUUGAAUAAAGCAGCAAAUAAUGGCGUGACAUCUCUCGACACGGCGUCACGUAAUGGUCAUGUAGACAUUGUAGAAUAUCUCAUUUCUCAAGGCGCGAACCUGAAUUCGGUUAAUAACUAUGGUUUUACACCACUGUCCAGUGCCUCACAAGAGGGUCAUCUUGAUGUUGUUGAAUGUCUAGUGAAUGUAGGAGCAGAUGUGAAGAAAGCAGCAAAGAAUGGCCUGACACCUCUUCAUGCGGCAUCAGCGAGAGGUCAUGUAGCAAUCGUGAAAUAUCUAAUUUCUCAAGGAGCUAACCCUCAUACGGUUGAUCACGAUGGUUAUGCACCCCUGUUCAGUGCCUCACAAGAGGGUCAACUUGACGUUGUUAAAUGUCUAGUGAAUACAGGUGCCGAUGUGAAGAAAGGUUCAUAUGAUGUUUCUACACCACUGUGCAGUGCCUCACAAGAGGGUCAUCUUGAUGUUGUUGAAUGUCUAGUGAAUGCAGGGGCAGAUGUGAAAAAAGCAGCAAAGAAUGACCCGACACCUCUUCAUGCUGCGUCAGUUAGAGGUCAUGUAGCAAUUGUGAAAUAUCUUAUUUCUGAAGGAGCGAACUCAAAUUCGGUUGGUAACAAUGGUUAUACUCCCUUGUUUAUUGCCUCAAGAAAGGGACAUCUUGGUGUUGUUGAAUGUCUAGUGAAUUCUGGAGCAGAUAUAAACAAAGGUUCAAAUGAUGGUUCUACACCACUACGCAUUGCCUCACAUGAGGGUCAUUUCGAGGUUGUUGAAUGUCUAGUGAAUGCAGGAGCUGAUGUGAAGAAAGCAGCAAACAAUGGCGUGACAUCUCUCGACACGGCGUCACGUGAUGGUCAUGUAGACAUUGUAAAAUAUCUCAUUUCUCAAGGCGCGAACCCGAAUUCGGUUGAUAACGAUGGUUUUACACCACUGUACAGUGCCUCACAAGAGGGUCAUCUUGAUGUUGUUGAAUGUCUACUGAAUGCAGGUACUGGUGUGAGGAAAGCAGCAAAGAAUGGCCUGACACCUCUUCAUGCGGCAUCAGAGAAAGGUCAUGUAGCAAUCGUAAAAUAUCUCAUUUCUCAAGGCGCGAACCCGAAUUCGGUUGAUCACGAUGGUUAUACACCCCUGUACAACGCCUCACAAGAGGGUCAUCUUGAUGUUGUUGAAUGUCUAGUGAUUGCAGGUGCUGGUGUGAGGAAAGCAGCAAAGAAUGGCCUGACACCUCUUCAUGUGGCAUCAGAGAAAGGUCAUGUAGCAAUCGUGAAAUAUCUAAUUUACCACGGAGCUAAAACUCAUACGGUUGAUCACGAUGGUUAUACACCCCUGUACAGUGCCUCACAAGAGGGUCAUCUUGAUGUUGUUGAAUGUCUACUGAAUGCAGGUGCUGGUGUGAAGAAAGCAGCAAAGAAUGGCCUGAAACCUCUUCAUGCGGCAUCAGAGAAAGGUGCUGGUGUGAGGAAAGCAGCAAAGAAUGGCCUGACACCUCUUCAUGUGGCAUCAGAGAAAGGUCAUGUAGCAAUCGCGAAAUACCUAAUUUACCAAGGAGCUAAAACUCAUACGGUUGAUCACGAUGGUUAUACACCCCUGUACAACGCCUCACAAGAGGGUCAACUUGAUGUUGUUGAAUGUCUAGUGAAUGCAGGUGCUGAUGUGAGGAAAGCAGCAAAGAAUGGCCUGACACCUCUUCAUGCGGCAUCAGAGAAAGGUCAUGUAGCAAUCGUGAAAUAUCUAAUUUCUCAAGGAGCUAACCCUAAUACGUUUGAUCACGAUGGUUAUACACCCCUGUACAGUGCCUCACAAGAGGGUCAACUUGAUGUUGUUGAAUGUCUAGUGAAUGCAGGAGCUGAUUUGGAGAAAGCCAUGGAGAAAGGAUGGACAUCUCUUUAUACGGCGUCACGUGAUGGUCAUGUAGACAUUCUAGAAUAUCUCAUUUCUCAAGGCGCGAACCCGAAUUCGGUUGAUAACGAUGGUUAUACACCCCUGUACAGUGCCUCACAAGAGGGUCAUCUUGAUGUUGUUGAAUGUCUACUGAAUGCAGGAGCAGAUGUGAAGAAGGCAGCAAACAAUGGCCUCACACCUCUUCAUGCGGCAUCAGAGAGAGGUCAUGUAGCAAUUGUGAAAUAUAUUAUUUCUCAAGGAGCGAACUCGAAUUCGGUUGAUAACAAUGGUUAUACUCCCCUGUGCAUUGCCUCAAGAAAGGGUCACCUUGGUGUUGUUGAAUGUAUAGUGAAUGGAGGAGCUGAUGUGAAUAAAUCAUCAAAUAAUGGCGUGACAUCGCUCGACACGGCGUCACAUGAUGGACAUGGAGACAUUGUAGAAUAUUUAAUUUCUCAAGGCGCGAAUCCGAAUUCGGUUGAUAACGAUGGUUAUACACCACUGUACAGUGCCUCACAAGAUGGUCAUCUUCAUGUUAUUAAAUUUCUAGUGAAUGCAGGAGCUGAUGUGAAGAAAGCAGCAGAGAAUGGUGCGACACCUCUUAGUGCCGCGUCAUGUGAAGGUCAUGGAAACAUUGUAGAAUACUUAAUUUCUCAAGGCGCGAACCCGAAUUCGGUAGAUAACGACGGCUUUUCACCUCUACAUGUUGCUUCACAAUUGGGUCAUGGCGAUGUCGUUAAAUGUCUAGUGAGUGCAGGAGGAGAUGUAAACAAACCAGCAGUUGAUGGUGAUCUACCACUUCAUGCUGCCUUUCGGGGUGGCUACCUGGACAUUAUAAAAUAUCUCAUUACGAAAGGAGCAGAUAUCGAGGCACGUAAUAAUUCUGGUUGGACAGUUUUUCAUUUUGCAGCAGAUAAUGGUCAUUUGGAAUCUUUGGAAUAUUUCAUGAGAAACGACACUAGCGGUACAUCGGGAAAGAGUUACACCGCUCUUCAAGUGGGACUUCAGGAUGCAACAUCUAUACAUCACAGCGACAGUGCUGGUCUAACACCCAUUCACCUUGCUACUGUAAGCGGGUUGUCAUCAAUAGUUGAGGAGUUGGUAUCACUAGGUGCUGGUGUGAAUUCUCAGUCACACGAUGGCCAGACACCCUUGCAUGUUGCCAUCAGACUAUGCCACUGUAAGAAAAGACAGGUUGAAGUGACGACAGCUUUGCAGCAGAUACAACAAGAGAGUGAUGAUGACAUAUCCUCCGCGGAGGCUCUGAUACAAUUCCUUAUAAAUCAAGGAUCCAAGGUUGACAUCAAGGACAACGAAGGCUUUACACCGGUACAGUAUGCCAGAGAUGAGCGCAUUAGGCAAAUGGUAUUACGGAGCUUAUCCGAAGAUGAUGUUCAUGAAUUCCGCGGUAUAUCUACCAAUUGCAAGAUCUACUGA